CGCCCGCCGGGGCGGCUCGCUGCCGCCGCGCCUCCCGGCGCAUAAAGGGCGGCGGCGGGGGGCGGCGGCGGCGGGGCCGGCCAUGGAGGCGCCGGUGCAGACGGAGACGUGGAAGGCGCGGAGCCUGGCGGAGCUGGUCCGCAUCCUGCACCGGCUCUUCUCCGAGGACAAGGUCAGCGUGGAGGAGGUGCAGGCGCUCAUGGAGUCCUACGAGAGCAGCCCCGAGGAGUGGCUGCAGUACGCCAAGUUUGACCAGUACAGGUAUACAAGAAAUCUUGUGGACAGUGGAAAUGGAAAGUUCAACUUGAUGAUCUUGUGCUGGGGUGAAGGGCAUGGCAGCAGUAUCCAUGAUCACACUGACUCACACUGCUUUAUGAAGAUCCUUCAGGGAAAUCUAAAGGAAACCCUGUUUGAAUGGCCUGAGAAAAAAGGAAAUGGCGAAAUGAGUAAGAAAUCAGAACGUGUUCUGAGAGAAAAUCAAUGUGCCUAUAUUAAUGACUCCAUUGGCUUGCACCGUGUGGAGAACAUAAGCCACACAGAGUCUGCUGUUAGCCUGCAUUUGUACAGCCCACCCUUCGACAGCUGCAACACCUUUGAUCAAAGGACUGGACACAAGCACAAAGUCAAAAUGACAUUCUAUAGCAAGUUCGGCGAAAGGACUCUAUGUGCAACAGCAGUGCCACAAGAGAACAACUGAGAAGCACCAGCAUGUGUUUGCUCGAGACCUGCUGAAUGUUUAACCAGGGACAGAAGA